UUUAUAUUAAUAAUAACAAGAUUACAAUGUAAAACCACUUCAGUGGUUGGUGUAAGCUUGAAACAAAUGUUUGUGAAAAAGCUUAGUGAAGUGAUUUUGUUAAAAGUGAUAAAAAGAACUUUAUAGGAAUCACGUUUCUUCAAGCUUAAUAAUAUUUAAUACGGACUGGAAAUGUCCAAACACUUCUUACUGCUGCUAUUGGCAUCAGUAUCAUCAGCCCAGUUCCUGCCAAACGGGUGUCCGGUGGACAUAAACGACUACCUCAUACCGCAUGAGACGGAUUGCUCAUCGUUCUACAGCUGCAGCCAUGGCAACAAGUUUCUGAUGCCCUGCCCGGGGGGACUGCAUUUUGACCCGGUGUUAAAGGUCUGCAACUGGCCAGCUUCAGCUAACUGCGUCGCCGGCACAACUACAACCACAGCCAGUACAACUACAAGUUCAGUAACUACAAAUUCAGAAUACCUGCCCAAUGGCUGUCCGGCAGACUUCAGCAGACAUCACCUGUUGCCGCAUGAGACAGACUGCUCUCUGUUCUACAGUUGUAGCAAUGGGAGGAGAGUACAAAUGUCGUGCGCUGGUGGACUACAUUUCGACUUUGUUAACCAGAUUUGCGACUGGCCUCACAAUGUGAACUGCGUCUCUAGCACUACACAAUCGACUACAGUCUCAGCAAGCACAACAACUACAGAGACCACUACAACUACAGCAACGCCUGCUCCAGAGCAUCUGCCCAAUGGCUGCCCAUCCAACUUCAGUAUUUAUAAACUGCUGCCACACGAAGAUGAGUGCAAUAAGUUUUAUAGCUGCAGCAAUGGGAAUAAAAUAUUGAUGCAUUGCCCUUACCACACGUAUUUCGAUUUUGAACUGCAGGAAUGUGAAUGGUCACACUUGGUCAACUGCGGACAACAAAACCCAAAUGAAACAACUACAACCACAGAACUAGUGACGGAUGCUCCUACAACCACAGAACUAGUGACGGAUGCUCCUACAACCACAGAACGAGUGACGGAUGCUCCUACAACCACAGAAAGAGUGACGGAUGCUCCUACAACCACAGAACUAGUGACGGAUGCUCCUACAACCACAGAACGAGUGACGGAUGCUCCUACAACCACAGAAAGAGUGACGGAUGCUCCUACAACCACAGAACUAGUGACGGAUGCCCCUACAACCACAGAACGAGUGACGGAUGCUCCUACAACCACAGAACGAGUGACGGAUGCUCCUACAACUACAGAACUGGUGACGGAUGCUCCUACAACCACAGAACCAGUGACGGAUGCUCAUACAACCACAGAACUAGUGACGGAUGCCCCUACAACGACAGAACUAGUGACGGAUGCCCCUACAACCACAGAAAGAGUGACGGAUGCUCCUACAACCACAGAACGAGUGACGGAUGCUCCUACAACCACAGAACUAGUGACGGAUGCUCCUACAACCACAGAACUAGUGACGGAUGCUCCUACAACCACAGAACUAGUGACGGAUGCUCCUACAACCACAGAACCAGUGACGGAUGCUCAUACAACCACAGAACUAGUGACGGAUGCCCCUACAACGACAGAACUAGUGACGGAUGCCCCUACAACGACAGAACUAGUGACGGAUGCCCCUACAACGACAGAACUAGUGACGGAUGCCCCUACAACCACAGCAAGAGUGACGGAUGCUCCUACAACUACAGAAAGAGUGACGGAUGCGCCCACAACGACAGAACGAGUGACGGAGGCUCCUACAACUACAGAACUACUGACGGAUGCUCCUACAACCACAGAACGAGUGACGGAUGCCCCUACAACCACAGAACGAGUGACGGAUGCUCCUACAACCACAGAAAGAAUGACGGAUGCUCCUACAACUACAGAACUAGUGACGGAUGCUCCUACAACUACAGAACGAGUGACGGAUGCUACUACAACCACAGAACGAGUGACGGAUGCUCCUACAACCACAGAACUAGUGACGGAUGCUCCUACAACCACAGAACUAGUGACAGAUGCUCCUACAACCACAGAACGAGUGACGGAUGCUCCUACAACUACAGAACUGGUGACGGAUGCUCCUACAACCACAGAACCAGUGACGGAUGCUCAUACAACCACAGAACUAGUGACGGAUGCCCCUACAACGACAGAACUAGUGACGGAUGCCCCUACAACCACAGAAAGAGUGACGGAUGCUCCUACAACCACAGAACGAGUGACGGAUGCUCCUACAACCACAGAACUAGUGACGGAUGCUCCUACAACCACAGAACUAGUGACGGAUGCUCCUACAACCACAGAACCAGUGACGGAUGCUCAUACAACCACAGAACUAGUGACGGAUGCCCCUACAACGACAGAACUAGUGACGGAUGCCCCUACAACGACAGAACUAGUGACGGAUGCCCCUACAACGACAGAACUAGUGACGGAUGCCCCUACAACCACAGCAAGAGUGACGGAUGCUCCUACAACCACAGAACGAGUGACGGAUGCUCCUACAACCACAGAAAGAAUGACGGAUGCUCCUACAACUACAGAACUAGUGACGGAUGCUCCUACAACUACAGAACGAGUGACAGAUGCUACUACAACCACAGAACGAGUGACGGAUGCUCCUACAACCACAGAACUAGUGACGGAUGCUCCUACAACCACAGAACUAGUGACAGAUGCUCCUACAACCACAGAACGAGUGACGGAUGCUCCUACAACUACAGAACUGGUGACGGAUGCUCCUACAACCACAGAACCAGUGACGGAUGCUCAUACAACCACAGAACUAGUGACGGAUGCCCCUACAACGACAGAACUAGUGACGGAUGCCCCUACAACCACAGAAAGAGUGACGGAUGCUCCUACAACCACAGAACGAGUGACGGAUGCUCCUACAACCACAGAACUAGUGACGGAUGCUCCUACAACCACAGAACUAGUGACGGAUGCUCCUACAACCACAGAACCAGUGACGGAUGCUCAUACAACCACAGAACUAGUGACGGAUGCCCCUACAACGACAGAACUAGUGACGGAUGCCCCUACAACGACAGAACUAGUGACGGAUGCCCCUACAACGACAGAACUAGUGACGGAUGCCCCUACAACCACAGCAAGAGUGACGGAUGCUCCUACAACCACAGAACGAGUGACGGAUGCCCCUACAACCACAGAACGAGUGACGGAUGCUCCUACAACCACAGAAAGAAUGACGGAUGCUCCUACAACUACAGAACUAGUGACGGAUGCUCCUACAACUACAGAACGAGUGACGGAUGCUACUACAACCACAGAACGAGUGACGGAUGCUCCUACAACCACAGAACUAGUGACGGAUGCUCCUACAACCACAGAACUAGUGACAGAUGCUCCUACAACCACAGAACGAGUGACGGAUGCUCCUACAACUACAGAACUGGUGACGGAUGCUCCUACAACCACAGAACGAGUGACGGAUGCUCCUACAACCACAGAACCAGUGACGGAUGCUCAUACAACCACAGAACUAGUGACAGAUGCUCCUACAACCACAGAACGAGUGACGGAUGCUCCUACAACCACAGAACGAGUGACGGAUGCUCCUACAACCACAGAACCAGUGACGGAUGCUCAUACAACCACAGAACUAGUGACGGAUGCACCUACAACCACAGAACGAGUGACGGAUGUUCCUACAACUACAGAAGCUGCUACUGAUGCCCCAAUAACUGCAGAAAAAGUCACUGAUGUUCCUACAAUAACGACAGAAUUAGAAACUGAAGCUCCUACAACCACAGAAAAGGUCACUGAUGUUCCUACAACUACAGAAGCAGAAACUGAGGCACCUACAACUACAGAAGCUGCUACUGAUGCCCCAAUAACUGCAGAAAAAGUCACUGAUGUUCCUACAAUAACGACAGAAUUAGAAACUGAAGCUCCUACAACCACAGAAAAGGUCACUGAUGUUCCUACAACUACAGAAGCAGAAACUGAGGCACCUACAACUACAGAAGCUGCUACUGAUGCCCCAAUAACUACAGAAAAAGUCACUGAUGUUCCUAUAAUAACGACAGAAGUUGAAACUGGAGCUCCUACAACGACAGAACAAGUGACCGAUGCUCCUGCAAGUACAGAAGCAGAAACGGACGCUCCCUCAACCACAGUAUGGGUGACUGACCCCCCUAUAACUGCAGACAUAGUCACUGAUAGUGCAUCAACUGAUGCCCCAUUGACCACAAAAGCGGCUUCUGAUGCCCCUACAGAUAGUCCAUCAACUGAUGCUCCGUUGACCACAGAAGCACCUACUGAUGUCCCUACAGAUAGUCCAACCACUGAUGCCCCGUUGACAACAGAAGUGGCUUCUGAUGCCUCUACAGAUAGUCUAUCAACUGAUGCUCCGUUGACCACAGAAGCGGCUUCUGAUGCCCCUACAGAUAGUUCAACAACUGAUGCCGCGUUGACCACAGAAGCAGUUACUGAUGCCUCUAUAACUACAGACAUAGUCACUGAUAGUGCAUCAACUGAUGCCCCGUUGACCACAGAAGCGGCUUCUGAUGCCCCUACAGAUAGUCCAUCAACUGAUGCCCCGUUGACCACAGAAGCGGCUACUGAUGCCCCUGUGACCGCGGAAGCCGCUACUGAUGCCCCUACAACUACAGACGUAGAAUCUGAAGCUCCUUCAAUGACAGAUCGAGUCACUGAUAGCCCAUCAACUGAUGCCCCGUUGACCACAGAAGCGGCUUCUGAUGCCUCUACAGAUAGUCCAUCAACUGAUGCCCCGUUAACCACAGAAGCGGCUACUGAUGCCCCUGUGACCGCGGAAGCCGCUACUGAUGCCCCUACAACUACAGACGUAGAAUCUGAAGCUCCUUCAAUGACAGAUCGAGUCACUGAUAGCCCAUCAACUGAUGCCCCGUUGACCACAGAAGCGGCUUCUGAUGCCCCUACAGACAGUCCAUCAACUGAUGCCCCGUUAACCACAGAAGCGGCUACUGAUGCCCCUGUGACCGCGGAAGCCGCUACUGAUGCCCCUACAACUACAGACGUAGAAUCUGAAGCUCCUUCAAUGACAGAUCGAGUCACUGAUAGCCCAUCAACUGAUGCCCCGUUGACCACAGAAGCGGCUUCUGAUGCCCCUACAGAUAGUCCAUCAACUGAUGCCCCGUUAACCACAGAAGCGGCUACUGAUGCCCCUGUGACCGCGGAAGCCGCUACUGAUGCCCCUACAACUACAGACGUAGAAACUGAAGCUCCUUCAACGACAGUUCGAGUCACUGAUAUUCCAUCAACUGAUGCCCAGUUGACAACAGAAGUCGCUACUGAUGCCCCAACAACUACAAUAGAAGAAAACGAUUCUUUUACAACGACAGAAGAAGUAAACGAACCCACUUCAACUACAAAAGCGACUGACCCCAUCACAACGACUGAAAAAGACAUUGCUACAACUACAAUAGGAGUUACAGAGGCACCAACGACUACCGGAAAUCCUGACGAUGUAACAACGAUUUCUGAUGGUGAAAACGAAUCAACCACCUCUGCUGACAGUGGAAAUUAUUCUACCACCUCUGCUGACGGUGAAAACGAUUCAACGACAGUUGCUGACAGUGAAAACUAUCCAACGACUGUUGAUGACAGCGGAAGCGAAUCAACCACCGUAGAUGAUAGUGAAAAUGAUUCAACCACCAUUGCUGACGGUGGAAACGAUUCUACAACGAUUACUGAUAGUGAAAGCUAUUCAACGACAGUUGCUUAUGGAGAAAACGAAUCAACAACGACUGCUGACAUUGGAAACGCAAACGAAGUCACCAUACCAACGACCGUUACUGAACAAGUUUCAACAACCACAGCUGUGACAACGGAAGCUCCGUUCGUCUGUCCACCAGGCACUUUUGGGAACUUCCCUCACCCGUAUUUGUGUAACGUGUUUUAUAUGUGCGGAGGCGGACUGCCUACAAGGUUGACUUGCCGCGAUGGAUUCGAAUUUGAUCCGGCAUUGGAGAGAUGUGUUGAAAUAGCAGCAGGCGGUUGUACUCACCCAUUUACAACUACAAUUAAGAACGAAGAACAAACUACAACUACUACAGAAAAAGAAAUAUUCACUGAGACUACUCCAUCAGAAAUAACUACAAAAAUUCUCGACAGUCAAGAAACUACACCAUCAGAAACGACUGUUGCAGAGGUUACUACAGAAAAAGCUACAGAAGUUACUGUAAAUGACAGUGAAAAGACUACUGCAUCAGAAACUACGAUUUCAGAAGAGUUUACUACAGAAACAGAACCAGCCAUAGAAGUAACUACAGAAAAAGUUACAGAUGUAACUACAGAUAAACUUUCUGAAGCCACCAUCGAUGACAGUCAAAAAACUACUAGAUCAGAAACGACGAUUUCAAGUGAACUUAUUACAGCAACAGAACAAACUCCCGAUGUGACUACAGAAAAAGAAUCUACCGAAGCUACCGAGGAUCAAAAAACUACUGCAUCAGAAACGACAAUUUCAGAAAUUACUACAGAAGCUAUAGAAACAACUACAAUUCCAGUGGAAACGACCACCAAAUUCGAUUGCCCUCCAUUAUUUAUUGGAAAUCUGCCAGAUCCGGUCAAGUGUGACGCGUUCGUACUAUGCGUCAUGGGAGAUCCGAUAUUCCUGAAUUGCUUGCCUGGAAAUGAAUUUGAUCCCGUUACUUCGGGCUGCAUCCCAUUAGCUCCUGGUGGUUGCACCAUGGGAUCCGAAUCGACGACAGCUCUAUAUACUGACCAGCCUUCAACAAUCACUGACUCACAAACAGAAAACGAUACUACAAUGACCGCAGAAACAGUUGAGCCUAUUCGAACAACAGUUGAGCUUGUUCAGACCACUUUAGAAUCUUUAGAAACAACUACAGAGGUACCUACGACUGUUGAAUUUGUGGAGACGACAGUCCAAGCAACAGAUGACCCAGAAGUAACCACAAGGCUGCCAGAAAAUAUAGUUCUGCCAACAGAAACUACAGGGCUGUCAUCAGAAACUACAGGGCUGCCAGAAGAAACUACAGGGCUACCAUCAGAAGAAAUCACGGAACUACCAGAAGAAACCACAGCUCUUCCAGAUGAAACAGAAAUUCCAGAGUUAACAACAGAAGUUCAGAUUCCAGUAGAGACAACAACUGAAGAAUUCGUUUGUCCAUUGGGUGAAUUUAUCCAAAUACCGCACCCCACUAAGUGUGACGCAUAUUACAUGUGCACUGGACUGCCUCAGCCCAUUCUACUGACGUGUUCUGAUGGCCAGGAGUACGAUAUUGUGGAGAUGAGAUGCAUAAAGAUCGCUGAAGGGGGCUGCACUUUAGGCCCAAUUCAAACGACAGCAGUCGAUGACAGCGCAGUUGACCAAAGCACAGUUGAUCCAAGCACAGUUGCUCAGAGCACAGCUAGCCCAGUUAGCGAGGAUUCCACUAAUGGUCGAGUUGUUGACCCAGAUCUUCCUGAAGGAACAACGAGCAUAGAGCCAUGUCCCCCAGGAUUCAUUGGGAUCCUACCAAACCCUGACAGAUGUGAUGCAUUCGACAUGUGCACAGGAGAUAAGCCAAUUCAGCUAUUCUGUUCUUUGGGAUUGGAAUUCGAUCCGAAUACUGGGCAAUGUGUGCUGAUUUCUGAAACCGGUUGCACAGCAUCGAGGACGUAAAAGGAUAUUCUGAAGUUUGAAGACUGCCUAAAAAUAGAAAGAAUUGAGUUGCUUUUUACAAAAUUAGUGCCUCAACAAUUUUUAUUUUUUUAGUCAAUUUUAUUGUACAAAUUCAAAUUAUAUUGCGAUCCUUAGUUCGCACUUAUAGCUACUAUUUUUUUAUUCCUACAUUUUAUUUUAGAACUGUUCACAAGGUUGUCCACAACUUUAGUACAAUUUCUUUUGUAUUUUCUUGAAUUUUCACUGUAAAUAUUAAAAUGAAAUAGAUCGAUUUUCUUAUUUUAUGUAAAUAAAACUUCUACUAUUUAUAGUUAUUAUCUAUAUAGACUGACAAAAAUCCCGCCAUUUUUUGUGUUAUUAAAAGUCACGAUUUUGGUUGUGAUGUAUAUUUGUUAGUUAUUUUUAAGUGUUUUUAUUGAAAACCAGAAAUAUAAUGCGCAUUAUGAAAAAACAUCU